AUGGCCGUCGAUGUACUGGCCCUGGCCAAAACGGGCCGAGAACUGAUGGCCGAUCUCUGGGAGCAGCACGAACACGCCGAAGACUUUUCGCCAUCCUCUCUGUUCUCCACUCCCAGUGUCCGGGUGUCAAUUCGUAAAAGUCAACACGCCGAUUGCCCGGAAGAUGUCGUCAAGGCGGCUACGGUGUUGGAGGGAAUCCCCCUCGAGAAAGCAGUGGCUCUCGUGUUACCCUGGCUUCCCUAUCGCACCCAAUGGGACACACUUUUAGCGGAAGCCCCCGUAGUCGUCGACAUCUCCCCGUACCUAAAACUAGUUCACCACAUAACCAGGAAGAAAUGGCCACUGGGCCCCCGGGAUUCCGUUGAUGUGUGUUCGGUGGAGCGGCGCGGAGCUACCGUAGCCGUUGGAGCUCGGUCUGUAGAUGUCGGGGAUACUGUAGCCCCGUUGGCUGGCUACACCCUGCUCCAAAUGACGGGUCCUCGGAACCGUCGGCCGACGCUCUAUGGCGAUUCGGCGUUGGCCGGCUUUGAGCGGCCGCCGUCCGUUACUGACACCCCACAUCCGACCGGGCAUAUGGAAUCUGAGGAAUUCGAAGGUGACUACUCCGGCAAAUUCUCCGGCAAGAACACAAACAACCCGAAGGGGGCCAAGGGGGCCGUCGGGAAAUUUCUUGGCGGCGUGCAGGGAGCCAUCGAUUCUCGUCGUGGGAAGGGAGUGAAUAUGACGAUUCGCGAGAUAGUCGUCUUCUUGCUCUUCUUGGUCAUCCUCUGCAUCAUCGCGUUUGCUUCGACGUCAUCAAAUACGUAUUAUUUCACGUCGGCGAUGCAGGCGCUGUUUGUGAAUAGUCAGGAUGAGAAUGGAUAUACUUUUUCGGAUGUUUCGACGAUGGAUGAUGUUUGGAAUUACAUGAACGACCAACUGGUAGAAGGGCUGUACAUGACCAACGACUGCGAGACGGUCACCGACGCCGAGGGCAACGAAAGGCUGUUAUGUGCCGGGGCCGGGGUAUCGCAGAAUGACACGGAAAAUGCGAUGGUCUACUAUGAGAAUAAGCUGCUGGGGAUGCCGAGGAUCCGCAUGCUAAAGGUGACGAACGACUCGUGCACGGUCGUGGACCCAUUUUCGCGUGAGAUCAAGGAAUGUUUUGCUUCAUAUACGUUCAAAUGGCAGUCCGAGGAGGAGCUAUCGACAGGGACUAUCUACGGCCAAAUGGGGACCUAUGGGGGUGGAGGGUUUGUCGCGUUGCUGCCGAUGAGUAACAAAUCGGGAGCUCUGGAGGUGAUCGAGAAGCUGCUGUACAACCGUUGGAUCGAGCGCGGCACGCGGGCCGUUCUCGUUGAUUUCUCCCUCUACAACGCCAACAUCAACCUGUUUUGUGUGUGUCGCCUCCUCUUCGAACUCCCCUCCACCGGUGGCGUCAUCCCGACCGCCAACUUCGAGACGUUGCAGCUCAUUCGCUACGUCACCACCUUUGACUAUUUUGUGUUGGUUUGCGAGGGCGUGUUCACCGCCUUCACCCUGUUCCUCGUCUUCGAGGAGUUGCUCGAGAUCAUGAAGUGGCGGCUACGGUACUUUGAGAGCUUCUGGAACAUCAUCGACGUGCUCGUCAUCUUGCUCUCAAUCGUGACCAUCGUUCUGUCGCUGAACCGGAUUCGUGUAUUUGAGAACCGGGUCAAUAUCCUGGUGAAUGAUGAUCUCGAGGUGGCAAGUAUGGACGACGCAGUGACGGCUAACAAUAACUAUUCGAACUUCUUGGCCGUGUUGUUGUUCUUCUCGUGGAUGAAGAUCUUCAAAUACAUCAGCUUCAACAAAACAAUGUCCCAGCUGUCCGCCACUCUCUCCCGAUCCGCCAAGGACAUUGGCGGUUUCGCCGUGAUGUUCUUCAUCUUCUUCUUCGCCUACGCCCAGUUCGGAUACCUUUGCUUCGGGACGCAGAUCCAAGACUACUCGACGUUCUACUCGGCCGUAUUUGCACUGCUGCGGACGAUUCUCGGAGAUUUUGAUUUCCAUGCCCUGGAAAACGCAAACCGUGUGCUCGGCCCAACUUUCUUCAUCACCUAUGUCUUCUUCGUCUUCUUCGUCCUGCUCAACAUGUUCCUGGCCAUCAUCAACGACACGUACGUCGAGGUGAAACAGGAGCUGGAGAAGCAGAAGAGCGAGUACGAGAUUGCCGAGUUUGUCAAGACGGGAUUCUACCGCGUGCUCCGCUUCUUGCACUUGACAAAGUCGGGCGACGCCGAGCCGCAGAGUGACUACGCCAAGUGGCGCCACGAGUUGACACGCCGCGGCUACACCGACGAGGAGAUUAACGACAAGUUCAUGAAGUUCAACAUUGACGAGGGGUCGGUGACUGGCGCUGAUGAGAAGGAGAAAAUCGAAAAUGAGCUCGCCUCGGACCGGGAUUUCCGCUCGAACGGCACCGCCCAGAGCAACGACACCAUGGCCCUGAACCGCCGCAUCGACCACAUCGAAAACUCGAUCGGACGCAUCCUGGGGGAUAUGUCGCUGAUCCUUGACCGUUUCGAGGUGAUGGAGGAGCGGAAGGUGCUGGCCAAGGAGCACGAGGUCUUGCUCGCUCACCAGAGCCGAAUCCUGAACCGUCCGGAUGGGGAGCACGACGGAAUG